GAGACGGCAGACCGGACGGACUGAAACGCAGACGGGACAGACACACGCAGGACGGACAGACGGACGGACGCUCCCGCUCUUUUCCCCCCUCCCCCCCUGACGAUGACCCGCCCGGAGCGGGGAGCCGAGCCGCCAGCGCGCCCCGUCCUCGUCGUCGCCGCACGCUCACGCCCGCACGCGCUCGCGAGCACACGGACGCACACGCACACGCACACGCGCACACCCUGUGGAGAACGAUGUGAGAGAGGUUGGUACUGAGGAAGUGCCUUUGCUAAGGUUUGCUGCUGCCGCGCCGCUUGGAACCCGCUUCCAGAACAUUCUCCGCCGCUUGCCCUGCUUCCCGCCGACCCGCCGGCGAAGACGGCCCUCACCUGAGCCCCUGCGUACCUGUACACGCCCACCCCCACCGCCGCAGCGCCGAGCUCCGCCCCCCACGCGGCCAGCCCUGUCACUCAGAAAGAGGAUUGUUCCGGAUUCCUUCUCUCCCCCUCCAGCCGGUGAGCGGGCAGCUGUCUCUCCGGAGCUCUGGUUCUGCUCCUGGUUCUGCUCCUGGUUCUGCUCCCGGGUCAGUCGGGUUUGAGGCGAGUCGCCGGAGGAGGUUCCCCACCCCAGUCGAACCGCGGAACCCGAUUCGCCGCCGUCUCCAAGGAGACAGAGACACGUGACGACCUUCGGUGACGAACGCGCCAGACGACCAAAGCAGAGGCUCCGCCCCGUUCGCCUGGAUUUACGCAGCCUUCGCUCUCGAAUCCACGCGUUCGCCCGCCGCUGCACCCCCCCCGCCGCACCCCCGCCCCCCCCACACCGCCGCCCUCGCUCGCGUCGCCAUGGCGUCGAACAUGGCGCACAUGCGGGACACCAAGUGGCUGACGCUGGAGGUGUGCAGGGAGUUCCAGCGGGGCACCUGCUCCCGCUCCGAUGUGGAAUGUAAAUUCGCGCACCCCGCCAAGAGCUGCCAGGUGGACAACGGGAGGGUCAUCGCCUGCUUCGACUCCCUGAAGGGUCGCUGUUCCAGAGAGAACUGCAAGUAUCUGCAUCCUCCUCCACACUUGAAGACUCAGCUGGAGAUAAACGGGCGUAAUAACCUGAUCCAGCAGAAGAACAUGGCAAUGCUGGCCCAGCAGAUGCAGCUCGCCAACGCCAUAAUGCCCGGGACACAGCUGCAGCCCAUGCCCAUGUUCUCGGUCGCGCCCAGCCUGGCCAGCAGCCCCAGCGCUGGGGCCUUCAGCCCCUACCUGGGCCCCAUGUCGCCCAGCCUGAUGCAGGCCGAAAUGAUGCCCAGCGGCCCCAUGCUGGUCACCGGUAGCCCUCCCAUGCCCAACACUGCCGCCUCCGCCCACCAGAAGCUCAUGAGGACAGACCGGCUGGAGGUGUGCCGGGAGUACCAGCGGGGGAACUGUUCCCGGGGCGAGACAGACUGCCGCUUUGCCCACCCGGCCGACAGCACCAUGAUCGACACCAACGACAACACGGUGACGGUGUGCAUGGACUACAUCAAGGGCCGCUGCUCCAGGGACAAGUGCAAGUACUUCCACCCGCCCGCCCACCUGCAGGCCAAGAUCAAGGCCACCCAGCACCAGCUCAACCAGGCUGCAGCAGCGGCCGCCAUGACUCAGUCGGCUGUCAAAUCACUGAAGCGACCCCUCGAGGCAACCUUUGACCUGGGAAUGCCGCCUACGGUCUUACCGCCGUUACCAAAGAGACCUGUGCUUGAAAAAACCAAUGGUGCCACGCCCUUGUUUAACACUGGAAUGUUCCAGUACCAACAGGCCCUUGCCAACAUGCAGUUUCAACAGCACACUGCCUUUAUACCAUCAGGCUCAAUAUUGUGCAUGACGCCCGCAGCAAGUGUUGUUCCCAUGAUGCACGGUGCUACGCCAGCCACUGUGUCCGCAGCAACCUCGUCUGCCACAAGUGUUCCCUUCGCAACCGCCACAGCCAAUCAGGACUCUCCCUUAUCAAAGUUGGCUACCCACGAAUACAUGCACUUGAUUCCAAUAAUAUCUGCCGAUCAUCUGAAUAGUCAUAAGUACCUGACUCAGAUGUAGGAGUUCUGUCAGAACAAUCACUUGACAAUGUAUGGUUGCCUGAUGGGGAAGAUGGAUUGAACGUGGAGAACAUUGUGGGAUUGGACACGAAUAAAGUAAAAAAAGAAAAAAGCAAGUCGAACCCCCCCCCCCAACUCCCCGCACCUCGUCAGCUGGUGUCCCAUCCCACCUCAUACAUGCAAACACAUGCAAACAUCGGGGGGGGGGGGUGGAUGGCAGGCGGAGGGAGUUUGUAGGCCACACACGCCACCUUUACAUGAUCUGUACAAGCCACCCAUACACGUGUCGUCUCCAGGCCAACCCUAUGGCUGAAAAAAAGCAUGUUGUUUACAUGGUGGUCAGCCUUUCUGUUAGCUGUGGGUGGCACACGUGCACACACACACACACACAUGCACACACAUGUGCUCACACAUACACACGUGCACACACACACAUGUGCGCACACACACACACACACACACAGGCACACACACACACACACACACAUGUGCACACACACACACACACACACACAUACGUACACACGUGCACACACACUCACACACACACACAGGCACACACAUGUGCACACACACACACACACAAGAAAAAUGUACUUAAAAGUCCUCUGCCGUGCCGUAUGCAGCGUGCCAGGCUUGGCUGUGGUGUUGCUGCACCUACAUGUACACAGUGUUGGUACGUCAUUAGACUGAGAGCUACUUCUCUCUCUCUCUCUUUUCUUUUUUUUCGUUUUAAUUUGUUGAGUUUUAAUGGUUUACAAAAUAACACAGAUGCACCUUGUGUUUAGAUUAAAAAAAAUAAAAAAAAAACCUGACAAAGUAUAAAAAAAAUAAAAUAAAGAAAAAAUAAUACAAAAAAAAAACAAAAAAAAAACCUAGAGCCAUAUUAGAUAAAAACCAUCACACAGGCACAGUAUUCUAAACUAGAUCUGGUGUGCUAGAUUGUAAACAGAGGCAAAAAGACAGAUGAAUGUUCUUUUUUUAAUUUUUUUUUUUAACUUUUUUGGUCACACACACACACACACACACGAUUUUUAAAAAGCACAUCUGAGUUUUUACUGACCACGCUGUUGGCUUCACACAUCGAAGUGCCAUAGACUAUACAUCCAAGAGAAAUAUAUCGUGAUAUGUAUCGUGAUAAGUCAGAGAGUGUUAUUCCUGCAGUGUUAUUUCGUUUACCCUCAACCGACAGGUUUCUCACUUUUUGUUUUGUCAUUUUUGUACAUUUCUCUCUCUCUCUCUCUCUCUAUUUUGUGUUAGUUCCAUUAUGAUUAUUAUUAUUAUUUUUAUUAUCAUUUUUCUCUUUCCGCGCCUGUGAUUUUUUUUUGGCGGGAUCCCUGUCACGUUGUCACACAGAAUUUUCUCUUCAGUUUGAGGUCAGAAAAGCAGCACGUCCUUUUUUCCCGCCUUUUUUCCCCCACUGUUCUUUCGGUUUUCCCUCACCCCCAUACACCCCCCACCCAUUUUUUCUUUUUUUUUUUGGCGUGCUGGGCGUGGCUUUGCCCUUUUGUCAGUCCUGUGCGAAGGAGAAGUCCCCGGACUCUAAACGUUGUGCUUGAAAAACUCCCUGGAGCUCGAAGCUCCACUUCAUUGCAGUCCUGCUGCAGCCAGUGGGACUCUAAAAAGCUAAAAAACAGAAAUAAAUAAAUAAAAAAAGACGCUCUUUCCAAAAAAAUUAAUAAAUAAAAACCAUAAACCAAAACAGAGUCAGGGGCAAGGUGCAAAGGAUGGGAUGUGUAUCUCUUUAAAAAAAAAAUUUAAUAUGUGAUUUUAUUUUGGUGAUUAUAUUAGUAUUGUUUUAUUGUUGUUAUUUUUUAAGGAGUACAUGUGUAAAAAAAGGCCUGAGACGGCCUUUUCAAAAUGAAUACAGGAAAAAAAAAAAAAAAAAAAAGUAUACUUUUUUAAAAAUAGAUGUGUGUUCUGUAAUUAUAAGUUCUGCCAAAGGUGUUUUUUUUUUUGUCUUUUUUUGUAAGGAUUGUUUGAUUGACAGGCUGGGGUUGGAUAGCGGAGCUGUUGUUGGUUGGUCUGCUGAUGAAUGGCCAAAUUCCAGAGGGUUUCGUGUAAGGAAGUGGGAGAGAUUCUGUUCUAGAACCCUCUGCACUUCCCCAAAUGCACUAUGGGUAGCUCAGUUUGACUCUGAUGCUUGCCCUACAAAAGAAGUCAUAUAGGUUCAAAUAUAAAAUCCAAAAUGUAACUCGCCUUUUUAAUUGUGUCAAAAUAGACAGCACAUAUUUAGUGAUAUGUUAUUGCCACAAGCCUACAUUUAUACAUAUAUAUAUUUUUUAUUUUAUGCAUGUAUUGCACAAAUAUAGAAUAAAAUCAAAUAUACGGUGAUUGCACAGUGUAUGCAUACGAUUGUGAAUAUCAAAGUGGCAAAUCGUUUUGCGUGCCAUGUUUUGACACGCAUUAAAAAAAAGAUAUUCCUUAUAUUUUGGAUUUCAUGUUUUGUUAUCUAUUGCCAUAUUUUACUUUUUUCUUAGGGUGUUUGUGGUGCAGGGAUGAGGUGUACAUUUACAGAUUUUGUUCUGUACCACUGUUAAAGCCUUAGAUUUCAACAUGGGUUCAGUCCAUGUCAUUUCAAUCAUGACGUGAGUGUGGGUGACAAAAUGUCUGAACGUUUUAUCACAGGUCUUACUCAGAAAUGUGUCUUUUAUUUUCCUUGUCAUCGCAUUUAUUGUUUUUUUUUCUGUUUUACCUGUCUCUCUCAUUUCAUUUGAAAAUAUUUUAUGUAUCGCCAUGGUUGGUUGUAAUAUCUAGUGGUUUUUAGUCUUACUGUGUUUUACUUAAUAUGAUCGUAUGACAUUUAUAGAUUACAAAGUAUAUAGACCCCCCCCCCCCAUAUUCAUAGUUCUGGAUUUAUUUCUAGUGUGGGUUUAAGUAUUCCUCUUGUUACUGUUCAUUAAGGGUUUUAUUUGUAGUGAAAUGUAUGUUUGUCUCACAUUGUUCCUGUCUGUUGAAAUUCUUAGAACAAAAGCUCAUUUAUAUUGAUAUAUCUUACAACUAGGAAAGAGAGAGGUCUAAUUGUUGCUGUAGCAACAAGUCUGGCUGACAAUUGAAUAUUUCAACUUUUUUUAAAAACUUGUCACUAUUAUGGGAUAAAAUAUAGAUAACACUGUUAAAAAAAUCAAAGUUAUCAGAGUAUAAAAGUUAUUUUCUACUGUAUCCAUUAAAGAAAUAAUCUAUUGCUUACAUAUUUCUGAAAUCCCUGGAUGCAGGCUUGUUAAAAAGAAAAUUUAAAAACGGCGUCAUCGGCGACUCUGGGGCUUUUAAAGUAAACCUACGCUGAACGGAGGCGACCGAGCGCCGGUUGUGCUGCGAACGAGUCAGACGAAGGGACGAAGGUUGACUUUUUGCACUUCUGUAUAUAGUGAAAAAGAGAGAUUAAAAGUGUAUAAUAUUGAGAUCUUAUUUUGAAUAAAAAAAAGUCUAUAUAUGGAAUUUUGCUAGGUUAAUUUAAAAAUAAAUUAAAAUUAAAAGUCCUGCUCAAACAGAAUUGCUUGCAGACGCGUCGCAGGGUUGAUCUGCUCCUUUCAGAAAAGGCGAACACGUUCCUCUUGCUUUUGUGACAGUGGCUUAUUAUUCGCCAGGAAUCCUCCAGCAUAUUAGAAACUGCACUCGUAAAUUUUGACCCAACAGGGUUCCCUUACCUGGAGUAGCCAGAACGCCGCAAACGUUUCGCGAAUUGGCUGGUGGGAGACUGAGUCCGGUACUGGUCGAACGCUUUUUUAAUGUUUCACGCCGUUGACUUGACCUCCCUUUAUGCGCUCCGUCACCCACUUUGUGAUGUUGUUUCAUUUGAAUGCAUCCCUGCUAUAGCACAGCUGUUGCGGUGCUACACUCUGAUGGGCCCAGCCGUAGCAUACAAGUUUUUUUUCUCUCCAUCAUUUAUUGCAUAGCCUGCAUACAGACAUUUAUUUGCAUGUUAUAAAACAAAAAACAACACAUUAAAUGAAAUACCACGUGUUAUACCACAGUAAAUAUUUAAGGUAAACAUCAUAAUAUCAGUAUAAUGGGCUUAGAAAUAGGUUUAAAAUAAAAUAAACAUUGGUUUUUUAUCAUCCCUUAGGGGAAAUGAAGUCUAUUUUUCGUGUUUCAAGGCACUCUCAAUGCGAUCGACUCUGAUUUGCCAAACACCUGCAUGUGACGCGUCAGAGCCGAUCCGAUUAAACUGUGUUGGUGUCGCUUUAAAACCACGACCACAACGAAAAACAACAGAAAAUCCCGAACGCUCCAUUACCCGUAGACUAAUAGGCUAGUAAAGACAGAUAUAGGUGCAUUAUAGGUGCCGAAGUAAAGUAACAAUGUGCCCGUUAUCUGGCUACUGUACUUUCAGCAGAUGAGAUUAGAAAAAAAAUAACAGUGCGUAGUUUCUGCGAAGAAUACAUUACUUGUAUCCUAACGUGUUUCUCGAAAUCCGACAUGCCAAAGCAUCGUUCCCCUCCCCCGACAGAAUCGGCAAAAUUUUUCGGUGGUUUGCUCGGGCCGAAAAAGUUUUCUAGACAAAACCCGAAUUAUCUCCUUUCAUCUGCUGGAAGUACACAACGCCAAGGGGUUUUAAUUCUGUGCAAUCAGAGACUUACAUUUUCGCUUGUAGUUGCUAUAAAAUAAUGUAUUCUGUCUUCAGCUGCAAUUUGUUUUGUGCUAAUUUUAUGAUUACUGCUAUAUUUGAUUCUUGCUGUUAUAAAAAAAACCAAAUAAAACAAAAUAAAAGCGGAUCUGCUCAAAAAAUGUUUAA